AACCACAGAGAGAUUUCGAUUACGGCUCCGGCGAGCCUCUCCUUCUUCUUCUCUAGAGAAGUCUUCUUAGUUUGGUUUAAGCUUGCAGACAACCUUGCAAGUUUUUCCCUUUCUUGAUGGGUUUCUUUUGGAAUUUGCCUAUCUAGUUCGAUUCAUGUGUGAUCUUGAGAUUGAGUUGCCGUCCAAUUGUGACACUUAAGGCAUGUUCCUGUGUACUAGAAGAGAAUAGCGAUAUAAGAAAGCAACAAUGGUUCGCUUGUUUUUGUCGGAGCCUAACUGGAAAGAAGAUAGAGGAGGUGGAGAUAGUGGGGUUUCCAAGCAAUGGAUAUUGCUUUUGAACCAAUUGGAAUCCGUUAUCUGGUCGUUGAUGACUUCUGGGGGUCGAGCAGAAGCUCGUUUAUGGCUAUGCAAUACAAUAGCAGGCAUUACUUCCAUAACCUCUCGCCAGCAGCGGGACCUAUUCGUGAACUUACUAAGAACCAGGCUUCCAAAUCAGGGUUUAGCAUCCCAGCUUUUGCAAAUGAUAUUUGAAAAGAGGCCGCAGAAAGCAGGGCCUGUCAUAGCCGAGAGAAGCUAUGUGCUUGAGAAGUUCUUUGAAGGAAAUCCAAAGCGUAUAAUGCAAUGGUUUUCUAACUUUGCUGGUGGUGGUGGAUUGGAUCAUAAAAAAGGUGCCAAAGCAUUAUCACAAUUCGCAUUUGUGAAUCGUGAUAUAUGCUGGGAGGAGCUUGAGUGGAAAGGAAAACAUGGGCAAUCACCUGCGGUGGUGGCUACAAAGCCUCAUUACUUUCUUGAUUUGGAUGUCCAACGAACAAUAGAAAAUUUUCUUGAAAACGUACCUGAAUUUUGGUCAUCCAGUGAGUUUGCUGAGUCCUUGAGAGAUGGUGAUAUUUUGUCCAUUGAUACUAAAUACUUUGUAGAAUUUUUUGUUGGCUUGAUGUACAAAGAGGAUUCAAAUGUAUGGGAUGUCAUAAGUGAGUUUCUUAUGGAGGAAUCUUUUUCAUCUUUGUGUAAUCGCCUCCUUAUCAGUCUUGAAGAGAGGGAAUUGCUCGCUGCUCUAGAAUUGCUUCAUAGAUAUUAUAGCCUAAACAUGGAACCUGUGGAUUUUGGUAACUCAUCUUGUUGGCUUGAUUUUGUACUUUCCAAAUUCAAUGAUUGUGAAUCUCUUGAUCAGCUACUUCUGUUAAAUGCGGUUACAAAUCAAGGACGCCAGCUUCUGCGGCUUGUGAAUGAUGAAGAGUCACAGGAGGAACAAACAAAAAUCAAGGACAUUGUAUCUCAGAUCUGCACUAUCUCAAGCACUGCCAACAGCUUGGUCCCUUUUCUGAAGGAGUGCUUCAAGAUGAAAACCAUGGAAGCAACUAAGUUCUUGGGGCUUCAGUCUUGGGUUAUUCAUUAUGCGUUAUCGGAGGAAAACUGGAUUUCUGAGUCCUGGGAAUCUUUAUUUUCAAAUAAUGGUAUAAGUUUUCGAAAAUCUGAUAAAUAUGCAAUGCUACAUCAUGAUGGAUUGUCGGAAGAAAAUGACUCUGAAUUGGAUGAUGGUGCAUCAGUUAAAAGAAAGCAUAGGAAGAAAAAGAAAAGUAGAAAAAAGAGGAGAAGGAACUUUGAUGAUGAUGACAUCUAUGACAAUGAGCUGCUGGAUCUCCAUGCAUCAAACAGUCAGCUGGAAUUGCAAACAAAGUCUGGAAGUUGGUUGCUCUCUACAGAUGGAUUUUCUGCAUCAUGGACCAAUGUGGACUUGCCUGAACACCUCUCAAAGUUUUGCUUUUCUGUGUGGAUGAAGUGGGUUUUUGCUAAGUGAUGCAACUUACUUCAUGCAGCCUAGGAUGGUAAAUAUUGGGUUGAAAGCAGAAUUCUUUCUGCUGCACAGACUUGAGUCGUGUCUGCUCAACUGAUUGAUUCAGGAUCUGCUGAUUUUGUGGGACGUGUUCGUGUGUGUUGGCAUUUUGCUAGACUAGACUACUGUUUCCAAAGGUUUUUAAGGUUUGAACUUUGGCAGAAAAAAUUCAUCUGCAAUUAUUGUUCUCAUAAGUCUAUAGACCUGCAUGCUGAACAGCUUGAGAUGGGAGAGCCAGCCUGCACACAAAGAUUUGCAGAUUCACAGAUUGGCCAUCAGAUUUUGCAGACUAGAAAAACACAGAUUUCUUCCCCGGUGAUGCCAUUUUUUGCUAGGAAUCUACUUGCUCAUAUGGUUGAUCAUAGAGAUGGAAGUGAAAAAAGUUCAAUAAAAACCAAUUUUGUCUAUGGAA